GUUGUGAAUACUUAUCUGUAAAGUACCAGCUGUUGGAAAUGCAAACUGGGGCUGAGCUGUUUAGUGUUUUCGUGUGUCGAGGGCUGUAUGUAUUUGUGGGGGGGGCCAUGAUAUGACACCCUAGUACCCCAGUUGGACCACUAUGUAAAAAAAAAUGUUCAGUUUUCAUGAGAAGCUAUUAUGGAUUAAACCUUGUAACUUCGUUUUCUGGUGACAAAACAUAAUGUGGGGUGUGAAAAACCUUCAACAGUCUGAGAAUGGCUCGACAGUUCCGUGACGGCAUGCUCGCUUGUGUCAUGGAUGAUGGUGAAUCUUCUGACCCACUCCCACUUACUCAUGGAGUUAAACAGGGCUGCAUGCCAACGCCAACCAUCUUCUUGUUUUUUUCUCUGCCUUACCCUCUGAUGCCUUCCAUUAUGGUGAUGCUGACAUCAAAAUCAGAUAUUGCAUGGUGGGAAUCUUCUCCAUCUGAGAUGACACCAGGCAAAGACCAAGGUCUCCAAGGAGAUAUUUAUAAUUUCCUGUUUGCCAAUGACUGUGCACUAGUUGUUGGUUCAGUAUUGGACAUGCAAUGCAGCAUGUCCAAAGUCUUUAGAGCAAUAUUUCUGUCCACUCUGCCCUACCCCUGUAAGAUUUGGACUGCGUCAUGCCAAGAAGCUCAGCCAUUUUCACUUGAGCUGCCCUCAGAAGCUUCUGAAGAUCAGCUGGCAAGACAAAAUACUCGACACUGAGGGGGUUCACUUCAAGCUGACAUGCCAAACAAUCACAAUUCAGUUGGGCUGGUCAUGUAACCAGAAUUUUCUGACACUCGCUCACCUUCAAAGUGAACCUUCAAUGAAGAACUUAAGUCUGGAAUGCGCUUUCAUGGUGAUCAAAGGAAGUGCUACGAGGACACUCUGAAGGCUUCACUUAGGAAUUUUGGUAUUGACUUUGAGUGCUGGGAGAAGCUCACCCGGGAUUGCUGCACCUGGCACCUGAAAGAGAGCGCAUAUCUGAGGCAGAGAGAGAACGCAGGGAGAAGAAACCCUGAGCCAACAAUUCAUCCAAAAUUCAAUCAUCUGUGGCAUCCAGUCCUAUUUGCAGCAGAACGUCCUGGGUGCAGAUCAGCUUUAGCAGUCAUCUAUGUAUUCACCGGAGCCCUACCAAACACCAGUCCAUCCCAUCUUCAGUCUCAGCUACAGGAGCAGCAAAUGGUAAUUCAUCUGUUGCAUUACGUUCAGUUAGAAGGAAGACUCAAGGAAACUCAACAAUGAGCAGACGAAGGAUUUCCUGCAAAGACCUUGGUCAGGCAGACUUCCAGGGAUGGCUCUAUAAGAAGAAAACCAACAAGGGCUUAAUUGGCACCAAAUGGAAAAAAUAUUGGUUUGUGCUGAAAGGGACCCACCUGUAUUGGUAUACAAACCAGUGUGCAGAGAAAGCUGAAGGUUUCAUUAAUUUAUCUGAGUUCAAGAUUGAUCAAUGGAUGGAGUGCAAAAGGAAACAUGCAAUAAAGGCCAGCCAUCCACAGUUCAAGAACUUCUACUUUGCUGCAGAGAAUGCUGAUGACAUGAACAAGUGGAUUAAUAAAAUGGGCUUAGCUGCUAUUCAGUAUGUCUUUCCAGCUUCAGAAUCAAAAACUGAAGAAUGUUGGAGUGAAAGUGAGCAUGAAGAUGUGGAGAUUCCACCAGGGAUGCCACCCUUAUCAUAUGCAUCACAACCAGAAGAACAGCAGACACAUGCUCUUCAGUCCCCAUUUGUGUCUAGUGAAGCAUCGAGUUCUUAUUCUUCACCAGAGAGCACCAGGAGAUCAAUUGCAUCUGUAGCAUUACCAUCAAAAUAUUCCUGUCAGGAAAGACAAUCAUGGCUUGACAUUGUUAAUUCAUCUUGUUCUGAUGUUGGGCACCAGUACUUAACGUCUGCAGUACAACCUGGUGAGGGAUCUUCACAGCAAGAAAUAUGUGAAAAUGCAAAAGCCAAGCUAAAAAGGAUUAACUCUGGAUCACAUGAGAAUUUGGCUGCAGGAACACCACAGUUCACUCUUGGUGGAGAAGAUACCAAAACAGCACAACACGUAACUGUUUUAACCACAUCUGUGAAAGAACAACCACAACAUUCUGAUGAAAUGGAACAACUAUACAAAUCCUUAGAGCAAGCCAGCCUUUCACCUAUUGGAAAACGCCGGCCUUCAUCAAGAAAGGAUUACAGGAGAUCCUUUGUAAAACGCAGCAAUAAUCCUGUUGUCAAUGAAAAAUUGCACAAAUUUAGAGCUUUGAACAGUACUUUGAAGUCCAAAGAAGCAGACUUGGCCAUAAUUAACCAACUCUUGGAAAGUCCACACUUAACCUCAGAGAAAUUCAGACAGUGGAAGGAAGAUUACUCGUUGUUGCUGCAGGAUAUCUGUAAAACAUACCAAGCUAAAAUCUAUUCUGGAAAAAAAAAUAAUGCUCUGGAGGACCAGCACUCAUCCUACGUUGAAACAGAUGUUUAAAACUUGAGAAUGACUUCACCAAAAUAUGGUACUUAACAGUCUUGGUCAAGCUUAUUGAAGCACUAAGAGGCAGUGGACUUCCAGUCAGCUGAUACUGCCUGUAAAUAAUGAAGGCCAUCAACUUAUUAACAGUAUUCAUUGUGUUUGUAAGUAGACUUGUAAAAUCCUCUUUUGCCUACAGUGUAGGACUUACAAAUGAUUAUUUAACUUAUGCGCUAUUGCACUGAUAGUAGUGGGUUACUGUUUUAUUUGUAAGUAUAAAAGAUUCAAUGGAGUGUGGUCAAGUACAUUCUCAUGGGUGAAAGUACAAUAGUGCACUCAUUAACAUAUUCUAUUUUUGUGAUAUUCUAUUUAUUCUGCAUUUAGUUUUGGGCUUCAAAUGGUUAAAGCUAUUGAAACACGUUUUCACACUUGCAUAAUAUUUUUAUAUAUGUGAAAUUCCACUUAAGGAAUUGUGAAAAUUGAUAUUUCCUCAACUAAAGGCCAAUUCACAUGUUAAAUCCAUCAGUUCCUCUGAGAUUGAUCAAAUCAUACAGUGUAACUUGUACAAAUGUAAACAAAGCUUACAUUUACAUGAUAUUUUAAUUGUACUAAUCAAAGCUAUGCCAUAAAACAGAAUAAACAGAUAAAAAAUC